AUGAUCAAAGAAAAUACCAGUGGCAUAUUCAGGUUCAAGCAGCAUUUAGUUGACACUCAUAAAGGAAUCAAACCUUGUAACAAAGUUCCACCAAAUGUGAAAGAUUGGUGCACUAUAGCACUUAAAAGAAAUGAUGAAGAGAAACGAGCAAGGAUUGCGGUGCGUCAGGAGAUAGGGGAAUUGGAAAGUCUAGAAGAAGAAGAUGCACAUGAUAAUGAGGUGACAAAUGUGGCUGCAAGUGAGAGUGGUAGUGCUCAAACUCCACUUGGUGGUGGUUCUACGGGUCAACCGAAGGCUAGAGGACCGAUUGACAAGUUUGUAUCCUCAAAAGCUUGUCAAGUUACAUUGAAUACUUCAUACAAGAAAGAAGAAAGACAUGAUGUGUGUAGGGAAAUAGGGGUAUUGGAAAGUCUAGAAGAAGAAGAUGCACAUGAUCAUGAGAUGAAAAAUGUGGCUGCAAGUGAGAGUGGUAGUGCUCAAACUCCACUUGGUGGUGGUUCUACUGGUCAACCGAAGGCAAGAGGACCGAUUGACAAGUUUGUAUCCUCAAAAGCUCUUGAAGUUACAUUGAAUACUUCAUACAAGAAAGAAGACAGACAUGAUGUGUGUAGGGAAAUAGAAAGAUUUGAUAGUCUAGAAGAAGAAGAUGCACAUGAUCAUGAGGUGACAAAUGUGGCUGCAAGUGAGAGUGGUAGUGCUCAAACUCCACUGGGUGGUGGUUCUACGGGUCAACUGAAGGCUAGAGGACCGAUUGACAAGUUUGUAUCCUCAAAAGCUCGUCAAGUUACAUUGAAUACUUCAUACAAGAAAGAAGAAAGACAUGAUGCGUGUAGGGCAAUUGGGCGCUUGUUUUAUACUAGUGCAUUGCCUUUCGAUGUGGCAAAUAAUCCUUAUUAUUUUGCGGCAUUGGAGAUGGUUGCCAAAAAUGGUCCCGGCUUUCAACCUCCAACAAGUCAUGAAUUAAGGACUUGGAUGUUGAAGAAAGAAGUUGAAGAUGCUCAAAAGUUGAUGGUAGCACACAAAAAAGAUUGGAGCCACUAUGGAUGCACUAUUAUGUCGGAUGGUUGGACGGAUGGCAAUAGUAGGGUUAUACUAAAUUUUUUAGCAAAUAGCCCUAAAGGUACAUGA